CCUCCUCCGCUCCACUCCGCUCUCCCCCGCCCCCCCCCUUCCCCGACGGGCCCCCGCGCCGGUCCGCGCCGCCAUGGGCGGCUCGCUCCGACGGCCCGCUGCCUCCGCACGAGGCUUGACCCAAGUGCUGGACACCGACUGCACGAGCCAGUGUAUGGUCAUCCAGGACAUAGCCAACGGCUGGGAGGGCCUGUGCGUCGGCCUGCAGCUGCAGAAUGCCAGCACCACGGCCGACCUGUGCCGAGCGGCCUGCUGCGCGGACCCGAAGUGCGAGGUCUGGCAGUGGGGCAACAAGCGCGAGAAGGCCUCCGAGUCGAGCCUCGGCGUCUGCAAGACAGGACCUCACCUGCUGCGGCGGUCUUGCCUUCGAUCCCGGGACUCAGGCGUGAGGCCUUCGGCUGCUCUUCGCAUGCCUUGGGCCUCCGCGAUCGUCGCCACGGCUAGAUUCGUACGGCUCGGCAUCGCUUGGACGUGCGCCUUGUUUCUAGGCAAGGACCAUCGAGAAGCAUUUGAGGUCACCUUCCGAAAUAUACGCGCACGAAACCGAAAAUUGUACGU